CGUCUCUGGCGUUUCUCUUGAAACCACGCUACAGACAAACCGAGCGCACUGAGAAGGAAUCACACAGCACCGGAGCUGAUAGAAACAGCAGACGAGAGCAAGCAGGCAGGCAAGGCGCUCGGCUUCCACGUUAACGUAUAAUAGUAUAUAUUAACUUUUUUUGUUGUAAUUAAAAACACGCUCCACAGGCCGUCUUUGAACGGGCGGAAGCUCACAGGCGGACCGACUUUUAAGAGAAAUCAGUAAUCCUCGAGAGGACAGCCAGGGAGCCAGGCACCAGGCUUGACAAGGAGGAGACGGGGAAACAUGGCUGUAACAACCUGUACGCGAUUCACGGACGAAUUCCAGCUAUACGAAGAGCUGGGCAAGGGAGCAUUUUCCGUGGUGCGCAGAUGUGUCAAGCUGUGCACUGGACAGGAGUAUGCUGCUAAAAUCAUCAACACCAAAAAGUUAUCUGCGAGAGAUCACCAGAAACUGGAACGGGAGGCCCGGAUCUGUCGCCUGCUGAAGCACUCCAAUAUAGUUAGGCUCCAUGACAGUAUAUCAGAGGAAGGCUUCCACUACCUCCUGUUUGACUUGGUCACUGGAGGGGAGCUGUUCGAGGACAUCGUAGCCAGGGAGUACUACAGUGAGGCCGACGCCAGCCUCACGCGUGUGUCCCAGGUCCUCCGGUGCCCCACUGACAUAGCAGAGGCCGACACGAGGAGUAGUCCCAGUGCAGUUAAGAUGCAGCGUUCACUCCCGUUCAAGCUGCUUUCCUCCUUCCCCUUCCUCCUAUUCUUCCUCUCCUCUGUUACUCAUGCAUUUAGCCCAAAGGAGGGAGAGCAAGCACAACAUGAUAGACCCCGGGACUUUUUUUUUUGGUUUCUGUCGCUCUCCAUACGUUUUGAACCUGAGAGGCGUCGGUCGUGGGGAUCUCACUGCUUUUUCACUGCGUUUUUUUCCCCCCCCGUUCCGAAGCGCGGGAUGUUUUUGAUUGUUUGGGCUUACAAUUUUUUAUUUUUUCUGGUGUACGGGAAGGGUAUAGAGAACAGUCCAGUUAAGAGCAAGACAAGCACCAGCUCCCAGCCAGAGUUCUCUCAGGGCCCCUCACCUGCUGCCUACUCAAUCACAAAGUUUGCGGACCUCCUCGGCUCUGUGCGUAAGGCCCCAGGACCGGUGUCCGAAGGGGAAGGGGGGCCCCCCACCCUCACCGCACCCCCCCAGCCCCACGCCCCCGCAGUCCCCAUGCAGAUGUCACGGCUCACAGACCUGGUGAGUAGCGUGCGCAGGGUGCCGGCCCCGGCCCCUCCCCCCGCUGCCCCUGAGGCGGAGGCUCCGCCCCCCAGGCCCGCCGCAGCUCCCGCCCACGCCACCUCGCCACCCCCCUCGCGCUCCCCACCCAGCCCCUCCCUUUCCUCCUCCCAGACACGCAAGCAAGAAAUCAUCAAGAUCACGGAGCAACUGAUAGAGGCGGUCAAUAAUGGGGACUUUGAAGCAUACGCUAAGAUCUGUGAUCCCGGGCUGACCUCGUUCGAACCAGAGGCCCUGGGGAACCUCGUGGAGGGCAUGGAUUUCCAGAGAUUCUACUUUGAGAACCUCCUGGCCAAGAACAGCAAGCCCAUCCACACCACCAUCCUCAACCCCCACGUGCACCUGAUCGGCGAGGACGCGGCCUGCAUCGCCUACAUCCGCCUCACCCAGUACGUGGACGGCCAGGGCCGGCCGCGCUCCAGCCAGUCGGAGGAGACGCGCGUCUGGCACCGCCGCGAGAGCCGGUGGCAGAACGUGCACUUCCACUGCUCGGGCGCGCCCGCCGCCCCGCUCCAGUGAGGGGUCCAAGCGCCACCUUGGACCACCAGAGGUGUGUUUCUGGAGAGAGAGAGAGAGAGAGAGAGAGAGAGAGAGCGAGAGAGCGAGCAUGGGAGAGAGAGAGAGAGAGAGAGAGAGCGAGUGAGAAGAAGAGAGAGCGAGAGACGAGGCUGACUGGAUGGAAGAAAAUGUCCAGUGCCAUAGGGAGGAAGAGGGGGGAGAUGUGUGUCUCUGCCUCCUGGAACACCGCGGGAAAAAAAACCACGCACCUGGAUUCCAUCCCCGACUCCACCCUCUGCCUCCCCAAAGGCGUUUCUCUUUUUCUUUUACUGAUACUGCCCCCUAGUGUGAAUCCCCUGCACUGCACCAGCCCACCGUCACCAACAGCAACCACCACACACCUAGGUGUCCAGGUUACUAACAUACUGUGCCUCUCAAACUGACUCCAGACAGAGAGGCAUCGGAAGGAUGGUGGUGGUGG